AUGUAGUGGGGAGGACAUAAUAUACGGGUCGGCUCAACUUGACCAAGCACCGGUCAGCAAAGGGUCAAGUUGACCUCUGCCCCGGUAGCUGAGAUUUGAAUUCCUUUUCCUGCUGGCAUCCUCGAUUGAAACUUGCUGCUACGCACCUACUCCAAUAUCACCUUGUCUGAUCCUGCUGUGUUUGUCCUAAGUUCAUUGUUUUGACCAAGGCUGCAGGUUUUUUGUGUACAUUAAACUUGUAAUAAGCCUCCUGACUUGCUUCGUCAUUUUGGUUGUUAUAAUUCUGUGUCGAAUCCACCACAGAAUCUUUUGGUGUCAGAAGUGGGAUCCGAAGAAAGAGUCUACCAGACCUCCCUUUCAGACGAUAAGUGGAGCCUUCGGAACCUUGCAAUCAAGUCAGAAGCUGAACAAGUACUUUUUUUAUUAUAUUGUACCAUUUGAGAUAUUCCGGUUGUUUGUUUUUUUUUUCUUUCAGGGUAGUUUAGGUAGUUAUUAUUUAAAGUAUAUAAUUGUAUUAAGUUAGAGUAUAAUUGUAUUAAACAAAAACCUGCAGCCAAUGGAGAACAGGACAAAAUACAAUGCAGUGGAUUGGGGUGAGGUCGGUCCUUUGGGCAGCGAAGGAGAGCCAGAAGGAGGAGCAGGAGUGGACCAAACUGAAGUCGCUGCCCUCCGGGCUCAGUUAGAGGCCCUGAAACUGGCCUGCCGACGGCCUCUCAUAAUCUCGGAACAGACAAAGCGGGUGCGCCAGUUCAGUGGUAGGGGCACUGCCGAUGAGCCAACAGCUGAGGACUUUGCAAGGGAAAUAAGAGAGGCAUGGGAGCUCAGGCCUUAUUCUGCACAGGAAAAGGUGGCAGUCAUUAUGAGCAAUGUCAGCGGCCCCGCCAGGAAGGAGCUCGAUUUGCAGACCUCAAAGACAAAGAGUGACCCAGAAGCCUUGUUGGAAACCCUCCUUGAGGCGUUUGCCCAGACUAUGCCAGUGCGAGAAGCUGAGGUGGUCUUUCUGAGAUCACGUCAACAGAUAGCAGAGUCCCUUCGAGACUUCUCGCACAGGCUCUUCAGCGAACACUCGGUGGCGGUAAGCCAACAAAGGCGGGAGAGAGUUGAGUGCUUCAGUGAGGCAAGGCUGAGGGACCAAUUCGUUCAUGGGCUGAACGACUCUGCACUACGUAGGGAACUGCUGAGACUGGUGGAGGAGGAACCAGCAAUAACAUUCAUUGCAGUUAGAAACCAGGCCCUCAAAUGGGAAAGCCAGGACCGAGGAAACUCCCAACUACAAAACCAGUGGUGUGAACUGGUAAGUUCCCAAUUGAACAGGUUUGGGGAGUUAUUGGAGGCUUUACAGCACACUCCACAAGCAAAUGGGCAGAGCAGCCCAUACCCCGACCAGCCUCUCCCCCAAACACAGACAAGUCACCAAGUCCAGUGGGCAGUUAACCGCCCCACAGCACCUGCAGGACUGAUUUGGGCGCAAACAAGUAGGGGAUUCUUCCCAUAUGCUGAGGAUGGAGCACCAGUCUGCAUCAACUGCUGGAAGUCUGGACAUGUGGUGAAUCAAUGUCUGGAAUUGUCACAACCUGAAACUCUGAUUCACUCAAGUGCUAUUGGUUGUUCUGUCAAUGGUCUAUUGCCCCGUGUUUCAGAAAAUCCACCCACAAUACCUAAAAGGCAGAAGUUAGGAAAAUGGUGUAAUUUUCACAACAGCCGCUCACACAAUUUGUAUGAAUGCAGAUCACAGCCAAUCCACACAAUUGCUGCCCUUUUUCCUGGAUACACAAACAACCCAUCUUCAUCUGGACGUAAUCCGCAAGUUGAAGAGGAAGUGCUAAUCAAUGGACGUAGGGCUAAAUGUCUAUUAGACUCUGGCUGCUCUUUUGAUGCUAUUGUCAGUAGAUCUUUUGUAAGACCUGAAGACAUUAUGGAUGUAUCAGUGACCCUUCAAUCUCUUGACUUAGACAUCCCACCCAAAACAGUACCUCUUGCUAAAGUGCAUGUUAAGUCCCGUUUUGUCCAUAGUACUAUUACAGCUGCUGUUUUAGAAUCCUCAUUGUAUGACAUUGUACUUGGAUCAAGAUUUAUAAAGCUGGAAAUUCCCCAAAACUCCACUAUUAAGUUGCCUUCAGUGCAUCUAACCGCAUCCUCUCGACAAGGAGUAAGAGACACCCAAGACGUUUUUAAAUCCAAGCACACUAUAAGAGAUAUGACGCCAUCACACCUGCCUAUUAAUGUUAGCUCUCAAUGUAGAGAGGCCCUGCAGGUUGCGAGAGAAACAGUCAAGUCUCACCCCUCCGAAUUAGUUAGCAGGAGCAAACUUGCCAUUUCACCUCAAGUCAACCAAGUAGGACAACGGGCCAAUAAACAGGCUAGGCGCAUUCACACCCGUGGUGCAAGUCACCUUACCCAACCAGGCUCUACAUCCAGAGACGGAAAGUUUGAGACUUGUCAGUCAUGCAAGUCCCGGAUUGAUAAGUUUCGCAGACCAUAUUCAUUCAGGAGAAACAAACAGUGCCACCAGCAACAGAGACUUUUUGGUUCACCCCUCACUACCGCACUACCAUCAGGUUCCCAAACAUCUAUGACAGAUUUUAGUGUCCUUGAUUACCAGAUGGAAAGCCCACAGCACCAGCUACAUUCUUCAUACAAAGAGAAACCUGAUAGGCCACCCUGUAGAAUCCAAGGUUCAAGUACACUACAGUCCGGAAACAUAUAUGGUGUCCAAGAAAAUGGCUGUUCGGAGAAGAAACAGUUGUUUCUGUUUCCAGAAACGUACUAGGCUAAACGCCCCGAGACGGGUCGUUUCAAGCUAGGGGCUCUGUAGUGGGGAGGACAUAAUAUACGGGUCGGCUCAACUUGACCAAGCACCGGUCAGCAAAGGGUCAAGUUGACCUCUGCCCCGGUAGCUGAGAUUUGAAUUCCUUUUCCUGCUGGCAUCCUCGAUUGAAACUUGCUGCUACGCACCUACUCCAAUAUCACCUUGUCUGAUCCUGCUGUGUUUGUCCUAAGUUCAUUGUUUUGACCAAGGCUGCAGGUAAACACAUUUUUACUGUUUCUUGUACAUCACAUAUUCUUGUUUAUUUUUUAUAUAUAUCAUAUUGCUACCCAGGUUUUGUCCUCAUUGUCUGACUACCUUUGUUCUAUUUAAUUGUCAUAGUUUUUGUAAGAAAAGGUAAGAGCGAAGCUCUUCAAUGUAUGUUAGUUUUCUAUAGAACUAUUUGAUUUAUUUUUUAUUAAUUACUUUGUCAUUUAUUUUAUUAAUGUUUGGUGGUGUUCCAUAUCUCUCUUAUGUUCAUAAAAGAGAUGAUUGGUUCACACUAUAAGAUUUUCUUUUUUGUUUUUGCUUGAUCUAGAAUUUAUACCUGAUGUUGUGUUUACAUUUUUUUUUACAAAUUGGUCUGUUCAUUUAGA